UUGCCAGCAUUUCUCUGGAGAUCCAAUCAAUUUAUAUCCAUGAGCUGCAGCGUGAGAAAGAAACCCUUAUUAUGUGUAACUUUGGAUAACGAGGACCUUCGCUCUCUUUGCUUGACAUUCUAGAAUGUAACCAUCUCCAGAUCCAGUCGCUAAUAGUAUUACUGACCGCAGGGGAUUUAAACGCAUGUAAGAGCCAGAACCCGCAGCCGAGACUCACAAUGGCCAAUGAACCGGUUAUACUAAAUGUGUACGACAUGUAUUGGAUCAACGAAUACACAUCUACUCUGGGAAUAGGGGUAUUCCAUUCAGGGAUCGAAAUCUAUGGCAGAGAGUUUGCUUACGGAGGCCAUCCAUACCCAUUUAGUGGGAUUUUCGAAAUCACGCCUGGCAGUGCCGUGGAGCUCGGAGAGACAUUCAAAUUCAAGGAAUCUAUUGCCCUUGGCACUACAGAUUUCACAGAGGAAGAUAUAGAUAACAUCAUGGAAGAGCUAGGGAAGGAGUAUAAAGGAAACGCUUAUCACCUAAUGCACAAAAACUGUAAUCACUUUUCGGCGGCGCUGGCUGAGAUGCUGUGUGGGAAGGAAAUCCCUCGCUGGGUGAAUCGGUUAGCCUACUUCAGCUCAUGCAUCCCAUUUCUUCAGAGCUGCCUUCCGAAGGAAUGGCUGACACCAGCAGCCUUGCAGAGUCACAUCACGCUUGGCCUCCAAAGAGAAGAACAGGGAGACACAACAGAUGAGGACUCACCAUCCACUUCGGCAGCCGCCCCAUCCGGAACGCGAACGUGCCGACACACCAGAGUUUAAAUGACAUCACGUGUCCCUUCGGACAAUCAUCGGACUGUUGGGUCCACAUGUUGUCGACACACAAUAAAACUGCAACUUCUUCGUAUGCAUUUUUACUAUUUUUCUUUUUUUCACAACAGAUAAUGAAUGCUACAUUUGGAAAGAGUCCACGUUAUUAUGCAACAAGAAAAGAA